AUGCAUGCCGUGCAAGCCGUUUGUGAGCAAGAGAGUGAUGUCUGGCUCGUGUGGUGUUUCGAGCACUGCUGCAAGGCAGAGUAUCGCCAGGUGUAUGACGAGUUGAAGGAUGUGGCUACUGACACCGGGUGCAAGUUCGUGUAUCAUAAGAAGUGCGUGAGCUUUGUCAACUGGUUGGAAGGGCGCUCCGGAAGCAUCGUGCUCGUCGCAGACUGGCGAGAGGCAAAGCCCAUCAUGAAUUGGCUCAACAAGCAGGAGGACGGUUACGACCUUCGCAUGAAAGUGGUCGCGCAGUCCGAGAAGAUCUUUCGCCGUGCUUCUGCCUGGGCAAGCAACCAGAAGAACAUUCUGGUGAUGCCUGGAUUCUCUCGUUCGAUCGUGGAGGAGAUGGUCGCAAGCCACGCGCAUGCCGUGCAGGCCACGGAAAUAGCAUCCGAAGGUGGCGAGAUUCUCGUCGCGCCCUUGCCUAUGCCCUUGUCUUUGCCCAGUCUUCUCAAAGCAGUCCAGGAUCCCGGACAGUCUGCUUUGCUGGAGAAAAUCAUUCUGCAACACAUGUGGCAAACUUACGAGGACUGA